GUUAGAUAGACAGACAGACAGACAGAUAGAUAGAUAGAUAGAUAGAUAGAUAGAUACAGACAGUUACAUAGACAGACAGACAGUUAGAUAUAUAAAUAGGCAGACAGACAGUUAGAUAGAUAGACAGACAGUUAGAUAGACAGACAGACAGAUAGUUAGAUAGAUAGAUAGACAGAUAGAUACAGACAGUUACAUAGACAGACAGACAGUUAGAUAUAUAAAUAGGCAGACAGACAGUUUAAUAGAUAGACAGACAGACAGAUAGAUAGACAGACAGUUAGAUACAUAGACAGACAGAUAUAUAAAUAGACAGAUAGACAGACAGACAUACAGUUAGAUACAUAGACAGACAGACAGAUAGACAGCUAGACAGACAGCCAGUUAGAUAUAUAAAUAGACAGACAGACAGACAGAUAGAUAGAUAGAUAGACAGACAGACAGAUAGACAGACAGACAGACAGAUGGAUAGACAGACAGAGAGUUAGAUAGAUAGAGACAGACAGACAGACAGUUACAUAGACAGACAGACAGUUAGAUAUUUAAAUAGACAGACAGACAGACAGUUAGAUAGACAGACAGACAGACAGACAGACAGUUAGAUAGACAGACAGUUAGACAGACAGGUAGAUAGACAGACAGUUAGAUACAUAGACAGAUAUAUAAAUAGACAGACAGACAGACAGAUAGACAGACAGACAUACAGUUAGAUACAUAGACAGACAGACAGAUAGACAGACAGACAGACAGCCAGUUAGAUAUAUAAAUAGAUAGAUAGAUAGACAGACAGACAGACAGACAGACAGUGGGAUAGACAGACAGACAGAGAGUUAGAUAGAUAGAGACAGACAGACAGACAGUUACAUAGACAGACAGACAGUUAGAUAUUUAAAUAGACAGACAGACAGACAGACAGUUAGAUAGACAGACAGACAGAGAGUUAGAUAGAUAGAUAGAUAGAUUGAUAGAAUUAUUCACACUUUAUUUUACUCAUUAUGUUCAUAUAUUCAAAUGACAUUCUUAAUUUAGUAAAGUAUGUCUCUUUGGAGUAAUAUUAAGUGUUCGCUGCCGGUAGUCGGUGCAGUAGAGUUCCUGCGCACGUCUCGAGUGCAGCUGCUGAUGUUGACGAACGGUGAAGAUAUUUGUGUUGUUGAACCGACACCGGCAUCCCGACAGACCAUUCACACGGACUCGCACGAAAACUGUGGAGCAUUAACAAGAACUCACGGAGACUUUCGGAUCAGAAACGCCAAUGUUUUAGACAGCAUGCUGCUGAGGAAUUCUGGGAAGGUGGCCGAAGGUCAGGAGACUGGAAAUGAUGCGCCGGCUCUACCUCAGCGCUUCCUGUGGUGUUACUGCUACCAUCACUGCCCGGAGGACUCCACCAAUAACACAUGCAGGACAGAUGGUUACUGCUUCACCAUGGUGGAGGAAGAGGGUGGAAUCGCGUUGGUGACGUCUGGUUGUCUGGGUCUGGUCGGAUCUGAGUUUCAGUGCCGAGACACAGGUAACUCUAAGCAGAGGCGAGCACUUGACUGUUGUACAGACCAGGACUACUGUAACAGAGACCUGCACCCUACACUGCCUCCUCUACUAACACCCAGCUACGUGGAUGGAGACAUUCAUCAUAUCGCUCUGCUCGUCUCCGUGACGGUCUGUAGCUUCAUCCUCACCUUUAUCAUCAUCUUCUGUUAUUUCAGGUACAAGCGUCAGGAGUUACUGCCACGCUACAGUCUGGGUCUACAGCAGGACGAAACGUUCAUUCCUCCAGGAGAAUCCCUGAGGGAUCUCAUAGAACAGUCUCAGAGCUCCGGCUCAGGAUCAGGACUCCCCCUGCUGGUGCAGCGAACAAUAGCGAAGCAGAUCCAGAUGGUGACUCAGAUCGGGAAGGGUCGGUAUGGAGAGGUGUGGAUGGGCAGGUGGAGAGGAGAGAAAGUGGCUGUGAAGGUAUUUUUUACCACAGAAGAGGCCAGCUGGUUCAGAGAGACGGAGAUCUACCAGACUGUGCUCAUGAGACAUGAGAAUAUAUUGGGGUUCAUUGCUGCAGAUAUUAAGGGAACGGGCUCAUGGACUCAACUCUACCUCAUCACGGAUUAUCAUGAGAACGGCUCUCUGUACGACUAUCUGAAAUCCACCACCCUGGACAGCAUAGCCAUGCUGAAACUGGCAUACUCCUCUGUGUCUGGACUCUGCCACCUGCACACCGAGAUCUUUGGCACGCAGGGCAAACCGGCCAUUGCACACAGAGAUCUGAAGAGCAAAAACAUCCUGGUGAAGAGGAACGGAGCCUGCUGCAUUGCUGACCUCGGCCUCGCCGUCAAAUUCAUCAGUGACACCAAUGAAGUGGACAUCCCUCUGAACACACGGGUGGGCACCAAACGCUUCAUGGCUCCUGAAGUUUUGGAUGAGACUCUAAACAGAAAUCAUUUUCAGUCCUAUAUCAUGGCAGACAUGUACAGCUUUGGCCUUAUAUUGUGGGAGAUCGCCAGGAGAUGCGUGUCUGGAGGUAUUUUAGAGGACUAUCAGUUACCAUAUCAUGAUCAUGUGCCUAAUGAUCCUUCAUACGAGGACAUGAGAGAGGUUGUCUGCAUCAAGAGACUACGGCCAUCUUUCCCCAACCGCUGGAGCAGUGAUGAGUGUCUCAGACAGAUGGGAAAGCUCAUGACAGAAUGUUGGGCACAUAACCCCGCCUCCCGGCUUACCGCACUUCGCGUUAAAAAGACGCUGGCCAAAAUGUCGGAGUCCCAGGACAUUAAAGUCUGAAAACAAUCCAACAGCACUGACGCUAACCCAGAACUCAAAACCCACAAUGCUCUACUGUGGGUUUGAACAGCAGAGGCGGUGGGUUUUACCGUGGCAGCGCAUCCUGCAAACUGACUCGCCAAUGGCAAAGGACGGCGCAAAGAUCUUCUGUGAUCAAAGCCCCUGGUGAUUUAAUGCAGGACAGUGCUCAGGCCAGAAAUAAAGCCAUGUGCUUGCUGUGAAAUCUGCUGACCCAAGUGCACAAAGCUCUUCUGUGUGGCGUAAACGUCAAUGAGAGCUCCCCCUACUGGUGACUAGUGGAAUGUCCUGAAACGGCUAUUAUAAUACAUUACUCUACAAGGACUAUUAGUACUGUGGGACAAAGCAAGAAAGGGUGUGUGCUUUAUGAAAACUCAGUCUUUCUCGACAGCGGGAAACUGACUGACCUACAUUUUUUUCUUUUGACAGUCUGUUCAGCUUGUACAUAAUGAUUUUGUAUAGUGCCAGAUUUGUCACUAACCCUGUUGUCAGUCAAGACAGUCUAACUUGCAACAAAUUUGAUGAUUGAUGUUAAAAAUGUAUUUAAAGUCAUAGAAGCUGUGGUUUGCCUAUAUGGCCUGUGCCUUAUUUAUUGUGUACAUAACUG